CCCGCGCCGCGCGCUCGCCGGCUGGCUCUCCCACGCAGGCAGAAUGCAGCAGAGCCCGGGGAGCGUGUCUCCGGCCGCUGCCUGAAUGCACCCCGCUCCCGGGAGCUGGACGGCCCAGUAGGGCUCACGGGAGGAGGCUCCGCCGAGAGAGCCUGGACAGUUGAAGACGGUGCAGCCUUGAUACAUGUUGUAAGAAAUGGCAGUAGGAAACAAUACUCAACGAAGUUAUUCCAUCAUCCCAUGUUUUAUAUUUGUUGAGCUUGUCAUCAUGGCUGGGACAGUGCUGCUUGCCUACUACUUCGAAUGCACUGACACUUUUCAGGUGCACAUCCAAGGGUUCUUCUGUCAGGACGGAGACUUGAUGAAGCCUUACCCGGGGACAGAGGAAGAAAGCUUCAUCACCCCUCUGGUGCUCUAUUGUGUGCUGGCUGCCACCCCAACUGCUAUUAUUUUUAUUGGUGAGAUAUCCAUGUAUUUCAUAAAGUCAACCAGAGAAUCUCUGAUUGCCCAGGAGAAAACAAUUCUGACCGGAGAAUGCUGUUACCUGAACCCUUUACUCCGUAGGAUCAUAAGAUUCAUAGGGGUAUUUGCUUUUGGGCUUUUUGCUACUGACAUUUUUGUAAACGCCGGACAAGUGGUCACAGGGCACCUGACGCCCUACUUCCUGACGGUGUGCAAGCCCAACUAUACCAGCGCAGACUGCCGGGCGCACCACCAGUUCAUCAGCAACGGGAACAUCUGUACCGGGGAGCUGGACGUGAUAGAGAAGGCUCGCAGGUCCUUUCCCUCCAAACACGCUGCUCUGAGCGUUUACUCCGCCUUAUACGCCACAAUGUACAUCACAAGCACAAUCAAGACAAAGAGCAGUCGACUGGCCAAGCCAGUGCUGUGCCUCGGGACUCUCUGCACAGCCUUCCUGACGGGUCUCAACCGGGUCUCCGAGUAUCGGAACCACUGCUCCGACGUGAUUGCAGGCUUCAUCCUGGGCACUGCGGUAGCCCUGUUUCUGGGAAUGUGUGUGGUCCAUAACUUUAAAGGAGCACAAGGAUCUCCUUCCAAACCCAAACCCGAGGACCCCCGUGGAGUACCCCUUAUGGCUUUCCCAAGGAUAGAAAGCCCUCUGGAAACCUUAAGUGCACAGAAUCACUCUGCCUCCAUGACCGAAGUUACCUGAAACGGCUGAUGUGUCACAAGCUAUUUUUUUUUUUUU